CUGAGGAAAUGCAAUUCGACCACCGCAAAGACACUGACGCUACUGUCUCAAAAGAAUAUUGUGAAGCUGGCAUACGACUUUCACCCGCCUGAGUACUUUGUCAUUGGCAAAAUGCCUUGCCAUUUGAAGAGCCAACCGUGUUCAUGCAUGGACUCUUCGAUUUCAAGGAAAAUUAUUCGAACGAUUGCAAAAAGAUCGUCACAGCCCUCCAGUCGCAGGUGUACGUGUUGGAUCUUCGGUACCAUGGGCUUGCGGAGCACGAUGCCCUUCAAUUAUGCCACUUUAACCUCAGAUGUGAUGAGUUUCAUACUGGAGCAGAAUCUGGAGAAAUUCAAUCUCUUCGGAUACUUCAUGGGGGUCAAGGUAGUCAGCCAUGCUCGCGCUGUUACAACAGCCAGAGAGAUUUCGGGACGCAUGCAAAGCACCCGUAGUGCAACUGCAAGUUACACCUUUUUUGAAAGUGUAUGUCAAAUCCUCCGUUGAGGUUAUCGAGCAGGCCCACAUUAAAGCGGACGACAAACUGUAACCCAAGAAAGCAGGUCAGGCCUAGAAGCGGUACAUCCCGAAUGCCGGUAUGAGAGACUAUCAUUUGAACAAUCUCACGAUUAAAUCUCCUAAACCCCACGAGUACCGGCAUCCCGUGCUUUAAAACGCCAAUGGAAUGACAUAUUUCAGAAACCCAGUGCGCCACAUGAAGGAUGCAGCUGUCACAGACAUAUCUGACUGGAGGGCGCACUUGAUGGCACACAAACACUUUCCGGGAUCCCUCGAUUUUAUCAAGACGGUAAAAUCCAAUUUUGCUGAUCAAGAUGGGAAAAGAGCGAUUGCAGAGCAUUUCCCAUUCCACACCGUUCAAUUCAUCAACGCUACCCAUUUGAUAUCAAACGAACGCUCAUUAGAGUACGGGAAUCACUUCACCAGGCAUACUUCUUGA